CUUUAGUUUGACUGGAGUGUGAGCAGAUGCCUUAGUGACCUGCAGAGUGUCACAUCCAAACUUUCACUCCAAUAAACUGUCACAUCUUCUACUGAGGCAAUAAAGGAGGCCAUGGGACAAGGAGAGAGCCACAGUGAGGAGAUGGAUUUGGCACAGAUCCAGGACCUGUGCAUCAUUUUCAUGAAGGAGUGUCCGAGCGGUGCCCUGCACUUACAUGAGUUCAAGAGGAUCUUCGGGGUACAGAGCAGCUCUGCAGAGGAGUCCCUCUACAUUGAGACAAUAUUUCGCUCCUUUGACACAAACCGGGAUAACACACUUGAUUUCCUCGAGUAUGUAGCAGCACUUCACUUAAUCUUACGGGGGAAUAUUGAAGAUCGACUCAAGUGGUCCUUCAAGAUGUACGACAAGGAUGGAAACGGCAAGUUGGACAGGCAGGAGGUGAAACGGAUCAUAAGGAUUCUCUACAAAAUCAAGCUCCAGACGAGUGACGUCAAUAUGACGCCAUCUGAAAUCUGUGACAGAAUCUUUGAGCUGGUUGACCAGAAUAAUGACGGUCAGAUAACCUUGUCUGAGUUCAUGAAGGGAGCUCAGAAGGACGAAUGGGUCAUGAACCUACUGAAGCUGGAUAUCAACGCCACUGGCUGGGUCAUCCAGAACUGUGGGAAAUUACCAUGAUUUCACUCUUAGUGGGUUCACUGCCAACAGUUUUUUGUUUCAGGCUGGCUGACACAGAGGUGCUGUCUGGAGUUUUGCCUGUGUCUCCAUGUUGAGCUUUCUGUCACAUGGAGCUGGAGCUCAGUGCACUUUUUCACGAUUGCAGUUCUACCCUGAUUUUGACUGCUGAUCCAAAGGUCUGAGUCCUUGUUGCAUGGCUGUGGUUUGUUCUGGAAGUGAGCUUAUGUCUCUCAUCUACAGGCACCCAGUGCUUACAGAGAACAUUCACAGUGAAAUGCAAUACAGUUAAUUACUUUGCAUUUACAUUCAUCAUUAUUGCAUGUGUUAUUUUUAGUUUAGUUGGUAGUAUACUUAUGUAAUACUUACUCUAUACAAAUAUAUUGAUUUGAUAUUAUACGUUUUACACAUGUACAUAAUUAUGAUGGUUCUACUAAAGCAGUAUUUUUAUUUAUUUAUUUUUUCAGUUACUUGGGGACAGCGGAACAAUCUAAAAACAUAUACUGACAUAUUUAUUUGUUAGUUUAUUUAAAGGGGCUCUAUUAUGCUUUUCAUUAUUUUCUGUCAUAUAUAAUGUUACAAUGGCUGUGUUUGAAAUCACUCACUACUCACUAUAUAGUGACCUUGCCUUUUUGUAGUGCUAUCCUAAUGUAUAAUGAGAAUUAUUAUACCCUAUUUAGUGAACUCCAAGUAUCCUACAAUGCAUUGCGGAACGUAAUAGAAAAUCAGUGGUCACUAACCUAGCAAUAUAUCCCAUCAUGCAUUGAGCUGAAGGAACAGACGGACUAUUUGAAACAGACACAAGAGACAGACAAGAAGGAAGAGAGUAGCUUGAUUGCAACAUUUAACUUUUUAUGUUAUGUUGAAAUUUGUUUUACCAUUUUUUUAGCCAUGUAAUAAAUUGUUAAUCUAAUGUGUAGUCAAUCAAUCAAUCAAUCAAUCAAUCAAUCAAUCAAUCAAUCAAUCAAUUUUAUUUAUAAAGCCCAAUAUCACAAAUCACAAUUUGCCUCACAGGACUUUACAGCAUACGACAUCCCUCUGUCCUUUGGACCCCAUAGUCAUCUGUCAAUGAAGAGAUUAAAAUAAAUCAGCUGCACAGAGGAGGGCUAACACUAGCCAACAUUAGCGAGCUGGGCUGCUACUAGCUGGGAUUUGUGCCGUACGGGGUAAUGCAUAUCGCUAUACAUUAAAUCCACAAGUUAUUACACGACUAACUGGUAAAACGAACUUUAACAUAUCAAAUGUGAAAUGAAAAAUUACUUACAUUAGUAGGACAGGUUGCAAUCACCUUGCUCUUUCUCCUCCUGUCAUUAAUAAGUUUAAUGUGGGCAGAGCAUCACAACACAAAUAGCCACAAAGUACUUAGUAAUGUUCUUCAUUAAUCUGGAGAAAAUAUGCUGAGUAUAAUGUAUUCAUCACAAAUAUGCAUGUCAGUAUUUGUUCUGACUUGUUCACAAGCCAACGUUGAUCUGACAUGCUUUGAUUGUGCGACAGCAAUGUUGUCAUCAGUGGCGCCGACAAUAUGACCCAAGUAGGGUCCGAAAGUGUUUUUUUCAUGUUCCAAAUGAGCUCACUACACAGUCUCCUACAUUGAGUAAAUGAGUGAAUGAGUGAAUUAUUUUGAACACAUAAUGUCAGAUGUUCAUAUUGAAUGUGGCCAAAGUUUCAGACAAUAAGGUAAACAUAUGUAAAAGUAAUUGGGUUCGAAAGGGUGACGUAGCGGAAGUGGGAAAAUCGCAAUGCAUUGUGGGCUCCCAAUUGGAAAGUCUGUUUACGUUGCGCAACGCUACAGUUGUGUUUUGUUGUUGUUCUUUUAGCAAAUUACCAUUAACGUUAGCGAUAUAAAUGGUGCAGACGUGCUGUAUAGUUAACUGCCACAAUCAUUCUCACGAUCGCUACAGAAAAAGGAUCGAUGGGCUGAGUUUUUUCUCCUUUUCCACUUGGAAACAAAGCCAGGGACCUCGGAUCUCUGAGCUAACCAAGAUGUCCAGUUGUGUUUAAAAACUUUAACUGGUUAUUUUUCCAACUUACCCUCAUACAAGGCUUCACAUGAUAUCCUACGAAAACACACAAUGGCUCGUAUGACAUUAUAUGAAUUAACACUCCGCGAAUGACUAUGUACUUAACGCAAAGUUACGAAGGUUAGGUUUAGGCAAGUAAAGUUACCGUGGUAGGGUUUAGGAAAAGAAACUCAGUGAGGAUACAAUGACUCAAAGUUCAUAUGGUUAUGAACAUCAGUUUUCUGGGGAAAGUGCUGAGUUUUGUUAUACAUAAACCAUCCCAACCAACCUGGAUUUUUCCCAGUAGAAAGUGCAGCUAUUCUCCAUUACAGUCACUCCCCAGCUGCAAUAAAGGUGCAGACACACUGAGAUACAGAUUGGCCAGCAGGAAGUGCGCUGGGCUUUGAAACUAAUUUUUGUAGUGGCCAAACAGUGAUACUGCAAUUUCCAAGGUCCAUCACAUGAUGCCAUUGGGCCCAAAAACACUUUCCCAUAGACUUGUAUUGGGAAAGAGACAUCUGUAAAUCAGACAUUUGGAAAGUCUGAAAGAGCUGCAAGACUAAAUUACUCAUUCAAAUUAGUGGAGCACUAAACCUGAAGUCAGAUGCUUGGCCACUCUAGGUCAUGUUUGGGGUUGUGAGUCUCUAGUAUGCCUGCUCUGUGAGCUCAAUGAUGCAGAAGCGGUGCUGAUCUUCCAGGUAAUUUCAUACCGAGGAAAUAGAGCGAUUCUGGCUUCAUGCGCCACUGAGUUAUGAAUGGAGCCCUGCUGCCACUGCGGUAUCCAGGUCUCUUAAUACUAGACCAAUCAGAGCAGACAGAGUUUUUUCAAGAGGGGGUCUUUAAGAGACAGACACAAAAAUGGAGCAUUUCAGACAACCCAUAUAUUUCUGCAAUGUUGCCCUUUUCAUAUGGUUAAACUAAGAACCCUAAAAGAAUAUGGCAGAGGAUCAUGCAGUUUUUUUGUUGUUGUUGUUUUGUACAAGUCUGAAGAAAAAGUUGUGAAAAUUCAUGCUGUAUCUCUUUCAGAUGAGCUUUUA